AUGCUCUCUCGCCAGCUCUCGUUGCUGGCCCUCUCUCUGGCAACCGUCGCUCCGACAACUCUUGCCCAGUAUGAGAACCAUACUGCUGGCUCAUUUGAAGAUGGCGGCAACACGCUCGUCAGUACCAUGAUGAUGUUCUUGGGCAAUGAAGAAGUUGUAUAUAUGCUCGACAAGACAGAAGGUAAUGCUGCUCAGAUCAACGGUCAUCCAGCUUGGGGGUCCGCGUAUAGCGUCCCAGGUCGGACCGCGCAACCCAUGCAAGUAUACACAAAUACAUUUUGCGCGUCGGGUAUGCAUUUGCCAAACGGGUCAUAUGUCACUUUCGGAGGGAACGGGGCUGUUGGUCCUGGUGGAACUAUCGGCAACGUUUUGGCACCCGGCGGAUACUCGGCGACGUAUGACACAACAUACCAGGAUUGGUCGGGGUCGGAUUCCAUCCGAAUUCUUAACCCGUGUGCGUGGUCUGACAUCUCUCAGCCCGAAUGCCAGUGGUUCGAUAAUGCCACGGUGCUGCACAUGCAGAAGAAACGAUGGUAUGCGGCCACUGAGCCACUUGGCGACGGCACUAUUGUCAUCAUGGGUGGUUUUGUCGAAGGAGGAUAUAUCAAUCGGAACUACCCGAACGUCGAUCCUGAAUAUGAGGGUGGCGCGGCUGAACCGACGUUUGAGUUCUACCCUUCCAGAGGUGACGCACAAGUCAUGCAGUUCAUGAUUCAGACAUCGGGCUUGAACUCGUAUGCACAUACGUUCAUGAUGCCCUCAGGCAAGAUGUUCGUGCAAGCAAAUGUGUCCACCAUGUUAUGGGACCCCCUUGAGAACAUUGAGACACCUCUUCCCGACAUGCCCGACGGUAUCGUCCGUGUAUACCCGGGUUCUGGAGCGACGGCCAUGCUUCCGCUGACGCCCGCCAACAACUACACGCCCACAAUUAUGUUCUGUGGGGGUUCCGACAUGCCUGAUUACGCUUGGGGUAACUAUUCCUGGCCAUUCAUCAACACGUUCUGGAACCCUGCGUCAAACAGGUGCCACCAGAUCACACCUGAGCCGACCGAUGGAUCUGCGCCUGAGUACGUUGAGGUUGAUAGCAUGUCCGACCCUCGCACCAUGGGCCAGUUUAUUCAUCUCCCGAACGGGAAGAUGUUAGUUGUGAAUGGUGGCAGGAACGGGACUGCUGGGUUCUCGAAACAGACGCUCUUGAUCACAAACUUCAAUGACAUGCCCUACGACGAGUCGCUCGCAUCCGAUCCUGUUGGACAACCUGCCCUAUUCGAUCCCGGUGCACCUUCUGGCUCCCAGUGGUCAAGUGAGGGAUUCGACACGUCGAACAUCGCACGCCUCUACCAUUCUUCCGCGCUCCUUAUGCCCGACGCGUCGGUCCUCAUCGCUGGCUCGAAUCCUAACCUCGACGUGAACCCUAACGCCAUCUACCCGACCCAGUAUCAGGCUGAGUUUUUCUAUCCUUCGUAUUUUGCCGCAACAACGCGCCCUUCUCCCCAAAACAUGCCCAAGAACCUCUCCUAUGGUGGUGACGCAUUCGACAUCAUUGUUCCAGCGUCUUCUUACUCUGGCAGCGCCAACGAUGCUGCAGACAACACGACAGUAUGGCUCAUCCGUCCAGGAUGGACGACCCACGCCAUGAACAUGGGUCAGAGGUCGAUGCAGCUCAAUAACACUUACACGGUGAAUAGCAAUGGGACCAUCACUUUGCAUGUCGCGCAACUAAUUCCCAACGCAAACUUGUUCCAACCUGGGCCUGCGCUUCUGUUCGUCACCAUGUCUGGUGUCCCAAGCAAUGGCACAAUGGUCUCCGUUGGUAACGGCCAGGUUGGCCCGCAGCCGACCUCGCCUGUCACGGUUCUGCCUCCCAGUGUUCGCCUCGACAAUGUCACUGGGACUGCGGGAGGGUCAAGCAACUCUGGCUCUAGUUCCGGUUCAGGCGCGAGCAGCAACAAUAAUUCGAGGGCAAUCACGUCGUCGUCGCAUACAGGCGCCAUCGUUGGUGGUAUCGUUGGCGCGGUUGCGCUCGUCGGCAUUGUCGGCGCGCUAGCCGGGGUAUAUGUAGCGCGGAGGAGACGGGCUCUGGCCCAGCAGCGCGCCACAGGAGCGUACGGGAUGUCGAUGGCUGGGGCCCCGGCGGGCGGGGCUCUGGCAAGCCACGGGGUGCGGCGCUCGGACUCGAGUGCGUUUGUACCGCUGCAACUGGACAGCCGGAGCACAUGGGACGUUGCAGGCAACGCGAGCAGUGCAAGCUUAGCGGCGUAUCACGACGAUGCGCGCGGUGCGGGACACAGUAGCGAGUUUGACCCUUACUACCAGAAUGCACCACGGCAGAGCACGCAGGUGAGGUAUUGA